AUGAACGGGGGAGCAAAUGCUGCAAUGGAGAUAAAAAAGGAGUCACUGGCCAGCGUGCCGGGCGUAGAACAAAGCCAAAAAACCCUGGAGGAGGAUGACGAGUUCGAGGACUUUCCACUUGAUACAUGGCCAUCGGAGGAAACACUGAGAGAAACAGCAGGCGCCCAAACGAAUCUUUGGGAAGAAGACUGGGACGACGUGGAAGUUGACGACGGCUUCACGAAAGAGCUCAGGGCGGAACUGGAGAAAAGCAGGACCCAGCAAUGA